AUGAAUGUGUUGGAUGUGAUUUUCACUGAGAAGGGUGUGAGGGAAGCUGGGAGGGACACGGCAGUGACCGCCCGCUCGUCAAUUCUACACAAACACGGUCAGUCUGUGGCCCUGUCUGACGUUUCUGGGCUGAGAAUCAUCCUACUAGGGGAGAGAGAGUCGGGACGGAGCGCCGUGGGAAAUGCCAUCCUGGGCCGUGAGGCCUUUGACGCCAUCGGGGUGAAAACCAGGCAGAGCAUUGGGAGACGGGGCAUGGUGGCCGGGCGGCAGCUCACUGUGGUGGACACGCCAGGGUGGGAGUGGUUCCCAUUCCACUGCGCCUCGUGGGGGGUGAAGGGGGAGAUCGCCCGUAGCGUGUCACUGUGCCCGCCAGGCCCCCACGCCCUCCUCCUGGUCGUGCCCCUUUCCUUCUCCUUCACGGACAGGGAGAGGAUGGUGGCGGAGGAGCACCUGGAGCUUUUCGGAGAGGGAGCGUGGAGGCACGCCCUGGUGGUGUUCACGGUGAGGGCAGGCAGGCUGAAAGACUCCACCAUCGAGGAGGAGAUCGAGGAGAACGAGGACCUGCAGAGGCUGGUGGAGAGGUGCGGGAACAGGUUCCAUGUGCUCCACAGCAGGCCCAGGAGAGGACACGACGCCGUCGCUGAGCUUCUGGCCAAGAUCGAGAACAUGGUGGCCGAAAACGGAGGGGAGGUCAUCCCGAGCGAGGAGGUCCUGAAGGAGGCCAAGGAGAGAGAGGAGGUUCAGGCACGGAGGAAGGAGGUGGAAGAAAAGGAGAGAGAGGAGGAGCUGCUGAGGGUGAAAGAGGCUUUGAAGGUCCUGGAGCUGGAGGAGGGAACGGAGGGGGAGCAGAAAGAAGAGGAAAAAGCGGCAUCUGCAGUGCCGAGGAUGAGGGAAAAGGCAGAACACGGAGUUUCAGCAGACAUGGGGUUAAAGGACAGCACAGAAGAGCCUCAGCUGACCUCUGGCCCCAGAACAUUUGGACUAAGAGCAAGUUUUCAGAGGAGCUGUAGGACACAGUAA